AUGUCAACCGAUUAUGUGGUUCAGGAAUAUUGCUCUAAAAUGACAAAAUGUUUUGAUGAAAAUGCCGUUUGUAUUGACAGAAGUUGUUAUUGUAAACCUAAUUAUAAAUUUAGUAAAAAAUACCAACAAUGCAAACAUUAUGAUUGUAAUAGUGAUAAACAUAAUAAAACUGAUUGUCGACCGGUUCAGGACUCAUACAGAUGGUGUAAAAACCAUUCAAAUGGAAGUUCAUGUGAUUGUCUGACCAACUAUUUUGAGGACACAACUAAUGGCAACAAAUGUAUUGAACAUUAUAUUGAAAAAAAUUGUGAUUCAUGUAAAUCGUUUGAUCAUAUGGUAUGUGUCGACCAUUUCUGCUACUGUGAGGCCAACUAUUAUCUAAUAAACCAAAACUGCCAAUUCAUGAACUGUACCCAAAAUUACAAGUGCUGGCAAAAUGGUGAUUACAAUCGGCACUGUGUUAAAGAUAUUAAAUAUAAUAAUUAUGGUCAGUGUGUUUGUGACUCGGGUUAUAUAGAGGAUCGCGAUAAUGGUUACAAAUGUAGACUUGACAUAACUCAAGUCAAUCCCUGGGUGUGGGCCUGGGCUAUUAUUGCUGGACCCGUCAUAUUUUUUACUACUGUCGCAUAUUAUUUGAGAAAAUGGCUAAUUAAUGCACUUUAUUAAACAUUUACACUAUUUAUAUUGUCAUCAAUUUAUUUAAAAUUGUCAUUUUCUUAUCU